AUGUACCCCCUCCGCUCGCUGCUGCUGGCAGGCCUCUGCCUGUGCGCCCAGGUGUCUGCUGCUCCCCUCGUGAAGCGCGGGUCCUCGGCAAUCACCCUCACGGAGCCAAUUGCCCCCCGUGACGAUCCGUGGUACUCGGAACCCGAUGGCUUCGAGAACGACGCUCCCGGCACCAUUCUGCGCAUCCGCAAGGCCCCGGGCAACCUGACGACCAUCACCACCAACUGCUCGGCCGCCUACAACAUCCUCUACCGCACCACCAACAGUCUGUACAAGCCGACGUGGGCUGUAACCACGCUGUUCGUUCCCAAGAACCACACCGAUGCCCUGCUGUCGUACCAAAUCCCCUACGACACCGCCGACCUCAAUGCCAGCCCCAGCUACGCCCUGUACUCGAAUACACCUACCGACGUGACCGCCUCGCUGGGCAAAGGCUGGUUCGUCAACGUGCCGGACUAUGAGGGCCCCCUAGCCAGCUUCACCGCUGGCGUCCUGUCUGGUCAUGCCACCAUUGACGCUGUCCGCGCCGUGCUUUCAGCUAAGGAAUGCCUCAAACUUCCUGACGGGCUGAAAUACGCCCUGUGGGGAUACUCUGGUGGUGCUCUCGCCAGCGAGUGGGCGGCUGAGCUGCAGGUUCAAUACGCCCCCGAGCUAACCUUUAGCGGCGUGGCCCUAGGCGGUCUUACGCCCAACAUCACCAGCGUCCUGACGACGAUCAACAACAAGCUCAUGGCCGGUCUGGCAGUGUCUUCCAUCAUUGGCACGUGCAACCAAUACCCUGAGAUUAUGGCAAUGCUCGAGUCCAAGCUCAAGCCGACUGGCGAUCUCAACAGCACCAGCUUUCUGGCGGCCCAGAACAUGACCCUGACCGAGACUCUUGUGGCUUUCGCCGGCAAGAACAUCUCUGCCUUCUUUGUCGAUGGCGAGAUGGACAUCCUUAACCCGAUUACCGACAAGCUCAUUAGCAAGGACGGAAUCAUGGGCUACCACGGCGUCCCGCAGGCCCCCAUCUUCGCGUACAAGGCUGUUGAGGAUGAGGUCAGCCCCAUCGCUGACACCGACAAGCUGGUCACGUCAUACUGCGCCAUGGGUGCCAACAUCUUGUACCAGAGAAACAGCAUUGGCGGUCAUUCGGCCGAGCAGACCAACGGCCGUGCAGCUGCUUCUGCUUGGCUGGACAGCGUUCUGGGGGGCACCUAUUCGAAGACGUACAACACGACUGGCUGCACAAUCCAGGAUGUGGCCCUGAAUGUCACAUCCUCGCCCUACUAG